AAUUUAUCUUUAAGUUGGCAUACAGGUAAAGACUGGUACAAAUUGAUACAGAAGUAUCAUACAUGUAGAAAAUUGAAAAAAAUGUGUUCUUUUAUGGACAAGCAAUUACAUUAUUUUAGGCCUACCUAGUAAUGUAAAUGAGAAUGUUUUUUAUGUAAUUUUGUGUAAGAGUAGUAUUCAAACUAAAGAGUAGGCCUAUACAUACUGAUUAAUACAUGUAUGUUUCUUAACAGAGACUGAACUGGAGAUACAAAAGAGAAUAAGAGAUGGGCCUCGGAUGGCAAUUCCGAAAAUCAGAGACUCCUUGGUCGAGGAAACGGAGGAUGAGCAGGCACCAGAACUUGCUGCCAAACAGAAUGCAACAGACUUUGCAAAGAAGAAGAAAGAACAAAAUUCUGCAAUGGCAAAGGCCAACAAGUCGGCACUGAAAGAAAUCAUUUCGAACAAAUUGGCCGCGAAGAGAAAGCAAGAUUCCUCGGAAGACAGCACAGAGAAGAAGCUGAGACUUGAGGUGGCGAAGUUAAAAAAAGAAAACCAAAUACUUCGCGACCUCAACAGAAGGCUUCAAGAAGAAGUCCUCAACAAAAUUCCAAAAGAGUGUACUGUAGAGUCUUGA